AUUUUCAAUUUGAAUCUCUCUUUCAUUCAACAAUUUUCAAACAUCAAUCAAAUUUAGAUUAAUCGAGAACAUUUCUCUAUUUUCUCUCUCCUCCCUUUUUCUUCUUCUUCAAAUUUCUGAUUUUUCUUCACUUUUUGUUGUUGUUGUUGUUGUUUAAUCGUUUCAAUUUUCUGGAAAAUUAAUUUGAAUUUCUGGGGAGGUAGCUGAAACCCUAAUUUUGAAUUUAUGUGAAAGAGGGAAAAAAAAUAUUUAAAAUUACGAAUUAAAGAUGAAUGUGAUUGGACGACAAAUGCAGAGGUCUGGUGCUAAUACGCGUCAGUAUUCUGAUAAUGACGAUAGUAGCAAUUUCAUUGAAGUUCCUUCUAAAUGGCUUCAAUCUGCUAAUCUUCCUCAGGAUUAUGUUUUUUAUGGAGGAGAAGGAGGUUCAAAAUGGAAUAGGAAUUUGCAGAGGGGUAAUUCUGGGCUUGAGUUUCCAUUGGACCCACCUUCACCAUUGAAUUCCUCUCGAUCAUCGAGUUUAAGGAAAACCGGCGACGACGGCGGUUUGUUGAAUGAAAUUAGCCCAGGAUUGCUUGAUAUUCAUUCAUUUGAUACCGAGCUCAUUCCUGAGAUUCCAGCUCGCAACCUAUACGAUGUAUCUUCGCUUAAUCAACCUGCCCGGGGUAAGGGCCUUGAAGAAUCAGAUGUAUAUCUUGCUGCAAAUAAGAAUACAAAUAAGGCAAAUUCUGUUGCAAAAAUUAAAGUAGUGGUGCGGAAGAGGCCAUUGAACAAAAGGGAGAUAGCGAAGAAUGAGGAUGACAUUAUAACCAUUGAGCCAAAUUCUAAUGCUUUGACUGUCCAUGAAACAAAACUCAAAGUUGAUCUAACUGAAUAUGUGGAAAGACAUGGAUUUGUGUUUGAUGCGGUGCUUCAUGAAAAUGUCUCAAAUGAUGCGGUGUAUGCUGAAACAGUGGAGCCUGUUGUCCCACUGAUAUUUCAAAAGACAAAAGCAACGUGUUUUGCAUAUGGUCAAACAGGGAGUGGAAAGACUUACACUAUGCAGCCACUACCCCUGAGAGCAUCCCAAGACAUCUUGAGAUUAAUACACAAUACUUAUAGAAACCAAGGGUUUCAAUUGUUUGUCAGUUUCUUUGAGAUAUAUGGAGGGAAACUUUAUGAUCUUCUGAAUGAUCGCAAGAGCCUCUGUAUGAGAGAGGAUGGCAAAAAGCAGGUUUGCAUUGUUGGCUUGCAAGAAUACAAAGUAUACGACGCUGAAACAAUAAGAGAUCUAAUUGAGAAAGGAAAUGCCACAAGAAGCACUGGUACAACUGGCGCAAAUGAGGAGUCGUCAAGAUCACAUGCUAUACUUCAGCUUGUCAUUAAGAGAUCAGCUGAUGGUAGUGAAUCGAAGGCUCCUCGCAUUGUCGGUAAACUUUCUUUCAUAGACCUUGCUGGAAGUGAACGUGGUGCAGAUACUACAGAUAACGAUAAGCAAACAAGAAUGGAAGGUGCCGAAAUCAACAAGAGCCUCCUUGCUUUGAAAGAAUGUAUAAGAGCUCUUGACAAUGACCAAAAUCAUAUUCCUUUUCGGGGGAGUAAGCUUACUGAAGUCUUGCGGGAUUCUUUUGUUGGCAACUCACGGACAAUUAUGAUUUCUUGCAUUUCUCCAAAUUCUGGUUCCUGUGAACAUACCCUUAACACACUAAGAUAUGCUGACAGAGUCAAAAGUCUAUCUAAAGGAAACAACUCAAAAAGGGAUCUGCCAUCAUCAACGGCUUCUAAAGACUCAAAUUCACAACUCUCAAGUUCUGGUUCAGCUCAGAUAUUAAAUCUUGAAGACACCACAGCUAAUGGUCUGAGUGGAAGUGGUAGGUUUGGAUGGUCCAGAGAAUUUGAAAGAGAAUCCCCUCCCUCUCCCAAAAUAGAACGUGUUCCCAGUGGAAGGGCAGAUAACACAUCUGCUUCUGGGUAUUCAGAUUAUUACAGAGGACAAAAGGGUGGUCUAGUUGACAUGUCAGUGGAUGAUUAUGAUAACUCUGAAGACAUUUUUGAGCAAGAGAAGCCGUAUCGGAUGAAGAAUAAGAAGACAGAAACUUAUCAUGUGCCUGCUGCUGAGAACAGAACGAGGAAAAACCUCACUGACUUUAGUUCUAAUAACAUGAGUUCAGAUGAUGAUCUUAAUGUAUUACUGAAGGAAGAGGAGGACCUGGUUGCUGCUCACAGAGGAUUCAUUGAAGAGACAAUGGAACUUGUCAGAGAGGAGAUGAAUUUGUUGAUUGAAGCUGAACAACCUGGAAACCAUGUGGAUGAUUAUAUUUCCAAGUUGAACUCCAUUCUUUCACAAAAGGCUGCUGGGAUCCUAAAACUGCAAAGCCAGCUAUCUAACUUCAAGCAACGGCUCAAUGAGCAAAAUGUCUUAGUUUCUGCUGCUAGAUAUUGAUAUUAUCAGGACACUUCUUAAAGAAGACAGUGAUGAUAAUACAAAAUGGUGUGGACUAGAUCGAGAUGGUUUGUUAGCAUUUCUGAUUGGUAAGGUUGCUGCAUUAGGGCUAUGUAGGGCACUAAGAGCCUCUACUACUAGUGCCAUGGACUUGGAAAGAUCCAGGCGCCUCUGUUGUGAUUUGAUUCUGGCCUAUCUUUCAGGGUGGCGGUUUUACCCUUAUUGUAGGACAGUUAUAUUCAUUUGUUCUAGGCUUUGUAUCUCAGGAGUUGCAUUCCUAGCUACUCCCUCAAAGUCGACUCCCCAACCCGAAAAAAGGAAAAAAAAACAAAAACAAAAACAAAAAAAAAAAAAGCCACUCCUACAGUUAGGGAGUGAGAUAUAGAAUUGUACUGUAAUACACAGAAAGUUACUGCUGAUUAGCAAUAUUUUUAAAAGCAUUGAAGCAGUUAAAUGUAUGUUCAUUCCUGGUGAAAAUAGCACUUUUUGAUUGGUGCACUAAUUUGAUUAAGAACUGCGUUCUUUUCUACUA